AUGUGCUGGCAGUAUCUUUUUCUCACUUCACAGACUUUAAAACGAAAGGAGAUCAGACAACAUAUGAAUGACACUCCAAUUAAUCACGUGAGCCUCUUGUUACAAUAUGUUAUGGCAUUUGUUAUACAGCUUGGUAACUUCGUACUACGUCCAGAGUUUACCACUACAUUGCGAAGACUUGUUAAGCAAGUCACUGCUGUUCGUGCAUAUUACUUUAAAAAAUUUGUGAUGUUAUAUGGCAAAAUUACAGGUCUGGAAAGAAGAAUUGAGUGUCUCGAGGUCGUGGUGGUAGCAAUAGUUAUAACACCCAGUUGUCCCCAGAGCUAUAAUGGUACGUUACUUUGGAGACUAGACAACUUCAAUCGAAAGCGACAGGACGCCAUUAAUGGUGUUAAGAAUGUCUGGUACAGUCCACCAUUUUACAGUUCUCAAUAUGGUUACAAGAUGUGUGCUAAGAUCUAUAUGAAUGGUGAUAGUCGGAGAAAUGGAACUCAUUUAUCUUUGUUCUUUGUUAUCAUGAAAGGUGAUUACGAUGCUCUACAAACAUUGUCAUUUCAAAACAAGAUCACAAUGUUGUUAAUGGCUCAAGGAAUUGGUGAUCACAUGAUUGAUGCUUUUCAUUCAGAUCCUCAAAGUUCCUUAUUUCAGGGACCAGUGUCUGAUUUGAGUCUAUUUGGAUUGCCAGUUCUAAUUUCGUCGAUAGAGAGUUUAAGCAAUCUUCUGUUCAUUAAAGAGGAUACAAUGUUUAUUAAGUUAAUAGUUGAAUGAAAAAAAAUCUAAAUACACUCGCUCCUGCUUCUCUAUCUUAGACAAUGAAAAUAUCUCAAUUCUUUAUCAAUCUUAAAUUCGCUUUAUACUUAGGCAAACGCAGCCCGACCUAAACAUGUUGCAAACAACUCUCCUAGCUCUUUCACGUAAUUUUCAGUUGUCUAUACAAAACGCUAUUUGUUGUAAAGCACUCAAUAGUGUUUGUAUAAGUUUUUUCUUGUUUCCUUCUGGUCAGCAUAUCCACAGUAAAGGAAUAUACAACAGUAGG